GCCACACGCGCUGCACGUCCCUUUUCGCCGCUCUUAAUGAACAAAAAAAACACCGACCCCGAGUGACCCCAAAAGUGCAUAUGAGCGGCCGACACGAACGAAACGACGUCGCGAACACAUUCCGCGAAUAACUCUUUAAUUAUUAUUAAUUUAAACUAACCGCUUCGCUAUAACAUAUGUGAGCUUAUUUAACUGUUUACAUACGCAAAUUAACACAAGGUGAAAUAUUACGGACUGUGAACUUGAAGUAAAGUUUUGAUUUAAAUAAAUGUUAACGGGCGUUCUGCGUUAGACCCGAGGCGAUACCGGCGUUCAGUAUGUCUGAAGGAGACGUAUCCCUGAUUCGCGACGAGGACGUAUUACGUCGGAUGUGGCAGCAGACUGAGGACUUCUCCCGGAAAAAAGAGAUUCGGGCGCACAUGUACAGACUCAGGGAGGAACGCCUGCGCAACCUUUACUCGCCCGAACCCGGCGCGGAAUCUAAAGGUUGUGAGUUUUCAUCAACCCAGGGCCACGUGAAAUCAUUCGCUGACCAGAGCUUCCAAUCCAUGAAGAGCAAGGAGGUGCGAGAUGCGGGCUCACCGCCCAAGGAGUUUACGUACCGCGGCCAAGAUCUCAAGGAGCUUUCCAAUGCUGGUUGGAACGUAGAAUCUGAGAACAAAACGACGGAUGAUGGACACACGCAUGUGAAGUCGGUCCAUGCCAACAUCGAGGGUCACUACGACGUCGAUGGUGGUCGUGGCCAGUUCGCUGCUGUUGACCACAACAAACAAGCUAUUACGGAAUAUGAUGACGGUAACACCAGCCUCAAGCGUAAUGAGAAUAUAUCUAAUACUGCAGCACACGAGCAAGUCGUGCGCAAAACUGACGAUGGAACACAAUUUUCAUCAACGACAAGUUCAUCAACGUCCGCCUCUAAGUUUGAACAAAUAUCUUCAACACACGAAACUGUGCCAUAUAAUGAUAACUAUGACCUAUCGCAUCAAAAAUAUAAUACUAACCGCAACGAUAACACUUCGAAUAGAUUAACAAAAACAAGCGAUUAUGAACAGAAUUUGAGAUCUGAUUUUGAUCACGGUGAGAUUAUAUCUAGAAAAAUUGACUAUCCGGAUGAGAAUACAAAAGUUAUAGUAGAGACUAGAUGUCUUCCCGAUGGUACACGAGUGACUAGUACUCGUCGAGAGUUCCGUGCCCCAGCGGUACAGACAAGUCGUUCAGAGCAACACUCUCAUGAAUCAAGGAUUGAAAAUAAAUCGUCCUAUGCGAAGGUGGAGCAACGAUCACAUGUGAAUGAUUCUUCAUCAAAAACUAUUCGUGAAACCAUUGACAAUUCUAAGUUUGAUAUUGUGGAUUCGCAAAAGACUAUCGACGAUUAUGAUUUUAAAAGAAACCAGCAUUUCGAUAGUUCAAAAGACAAAAUUAUUCACGACCAUGAUUCUGUGGAUAAAUUGAAAGAUCAAGAUUAUAAAACUAAUAUCAACGAAAAUACGAAACGCGAUGUUUUCACAUCAAAAAUAAAUGAAAAUACUAAAUAUUAUGACACUAAUGAAACUCUUGACACUAGUACGAAAAAUAUUGAAGAACGCAUUCAUAACGUAACCCGAGAAAAUAUAAUAACGGAAAGAAAAACUAGCUCUGAUCAAUACGAAUCGACGUAUAAGUCUGAUUAUAGUCAAAAGAAAAUAAGCAAUGACUGGAGCCCAGCUCAGCAAGCAUGGGCAAGCACUCUACGUUCCGAUACACCCACUAGACCAUCUACAAGAGCUUCUUCUCCUGGAAGCAAAACUUUUAAGUCUAGCACCUCUUCCUUAAGAAGCAGUGUAAGCCCUGAUAAAACUUACAGAAAACCGUCUAGUCGAGGAGGUAGUCCAAGUAAAGUAGACAGGCAUUCCCCAUCUGGCACAGUUCCAGUUCAGUCUGAAAAAUAUUCCAGUCAUUAUUCUUCUAAUUCAGUUACAGAGAAGUCAAGCGGGGUUAGUCCGGAUAGGAAACAGCAAUAUACCUAUCGUCAAAGAUCUAGUGCAAGUCCAGAAAAACAAUACUAUCCUGCACAUGGAGCGAGUUCAAGCCCAGACAGAAAGAGGUCUCCCGUCAAUGAAAAAACAACAUAUCCAAGAUCUAAUUUAAGCCCUGAAAGAAAAAUAAAUGUAACACAAUCACCUUCAACUCCUUUAGAUAGUCGCAGCCCUUCACCGAAGAGGCGAAUUCCUGAUUUAAGAAAAACUAAACUGUAUCAAGAUAAUAAUGACCUACAAGUAAAACAUGAAGAAGUUGACGCUUCUUCAUAUUCGACGACUAAAACUAACACUAUUGAUAAAGCUAAAAGGACACUAAGCCCAAGUCCCGAUCGCAAAAUUCAGCAAAAGCCAUCUUCGCCGACAAAGAGUGUUUCUGAACCAAUACAAAAACAUCCUAAAGAGACGUCCCCAUCGAGAAAGAUACCUCAAGAAGAAACUGGUAAUUUGCCUGGAUAUAUGCGACCAACUGCUGCUAGUAAGCCGACGGCAACUAGUCCUGACCGCAAAAACUAUGAAACGUCGAUAAAUAAAGUUAAACAAGAACAUUAUAAAUUCGUUGAUGAGGAAACUAAAAUGUACUCUGUAGUGGAUAACGAACAUAUAAAACACUCUUCCUUAAAACAAGUUGACAUACAUUUAUCGGAUGAUGUAAAUUAUUCAGAACCUACUGAAACCAAAAAACUAUCGAAAUCACGUUCACCUAGUCCAAGUAAAUAUUUACAAAAAAAUCCAACUUCUCCGACAAGAGCAAGUCCCGCUAAAGAUAUUCCCAAACAUAGUGAUCUUUCUUCAAAGGAACAAACUCGUCGAACGAGUUAUACAUCUACUAAAGAAAGUUUUUCAAAAGAUGAAACUGAGUAUUUAGACACAACUAUUAAAUCUAAGAAAACCUUGACUGAUUUCGAAACUCGAGCACAAAAAAACAAAUCACCUAGUCCUGAUAAGUCAAGAUGCAGCCCAAAUAAAGAUAAAUCAGUUGCGGAUUUCUCUGUACCCAACAAGCAAUCAAGCCAUGAAACGCCAAAAGGUGAGAAUCAUCCUAAAAAAGAUCCAAAAUUUGUUCCUUCAGCGCCGACUCAUACUUCUCCGAAUACUAAAUCGAAAUCUCCAGAUUUGAUUGAACCCAAAUCUGAUAAAACAUUCACAAGGCGCACUCCAUCGCCAUCUAAACCUACUUCAAAACCUUAUAACGAUGUUGAUAUUAUAAAAACUAGUUCUGAUAAAGCUUUUGAUACAAACGAAAGUUCUACUUACAUUAAGACAACAUCCGAUACCUACAGAAAAGACUCCUCGAAAGAAAAUCAUGUAACGUUGGUUUUGGAUAAAGAUUCUCAGAGACCUAAUAUACAAACAAGAUCACCUUCACCACCGAAAUCUAUACAAGAAAAACACCCAAGCAGUUUAGUAGAAGAGAAUUCUAAAAUUGAUUGUACAAUUAAACCAACGCCUACAAAUAAAACACCUAAAGAUUGCACUUCUCCCGUUAAAUCUAAAUCUCCUGUACGAGACACCAAAUAUCAGGUUGCUUCUGAGUUUAUUAACAUUGAAAAAACUAAUGAAGAAAUUAAUAAAAACACGACGAUAGAACGUCCAAGGCAGCUUAUUACACCUUCAACAAGCCCAACCAGAAAACCAAAAACUAUUGAAAAAGAACUGUCUUCUCGAGAAAGUUCGCCGACAACAUCCGUGAGUGGCUUCGAGUAUUUCAGCUCUCACCAAACUGAUAAAAAUAUGAUUACAGAUUUAGAUGAACAGUUUUAUUCUGAAAAUACAACAGAAUUUAUUAAUAACGAAAAAACAAAAGAUUUUAGGAAUCAACUGUUAACGAAAAUUCCCUGCAGAUCACCAUCACCAGAGAAACUUUCAACAAAAGAUAGUCUUCCCCGAAAAAGCUCUUUGAAAAAACCAAGUAACCAGACCUCACCAACCGAAAAACCUCCAUCCAAUUUCCUAGUUUCACCUAAUGUAGAAACUAAAGAGUUUGUUGACCAUAAUUUAAUAACUAAAGAUAAGCCAGUUAAAAUUAAGCCUCCAUUUGAAAGACGUGAAACAUAUGAAGAAAGAUGUCGAAAAAUAUUAGGAAUGACUGAAACAGAUUCAAAUGAAACUAAUAUAAUUGUACAAGAAUCGACAAAGAAUGAUCAACAAUCAGAAUCAAAUAUUAGUUCACCGAGCGUAUCGCCCUGUCGUAGUUCUUCACCGGAAAAUAGUUUUCUACACAAAGAAACUUUCAAAAACACCUCUGAAAAAACAAAAGAACAAAAAAAUAUGGUAAAUGAAGAAAACAAUAAUAAAACAAAUACCACCCAAACGAAUAUUUCUGAAAGUCGUAAAUCAGACAAAAUUCCAUCAAGAGAACCAUCUCCCUGUAAAAUUCAAAAUGUUACAACUGAAGAAAAAAGUACUAAUCAGUAUAAAUCAAGUGUAAAAAAAAUUGAAAAUGAAUCAAAGACAACUUCUAGUUCGAAAAUUCGAAGUGAAGAUACAAACGAGCAAAUUUAUGAGAUCAAACGCAAUCGUUCAAGUAUUAGUCCUGAAAGGAAAGUUGAUCAAAAAUAUUUACCAAAAAAACGCGUCAGAAGUCCAGACCACAAGUCCGAAAACAUUAUUGACAGUAAACCGAUUGAUAAGUUUCCUAAAAAACCUAUUAACGAUGUCACUACACCUACCAAAUCUACACAAAAGCCGAUGAAAGCAGUCAUAUCAUCUGAGUACGAAGAAAAUUAUACUACGGAGCGUAUUAUACAAGAUAAUGUUACUGACAUUAUUGAAGAUGUAACAGAUUACGUUAAGCCGAGGUCUUCUAUAUCUCCAUCACGUAAAACGACUACUAAAACUUCUUCACCAACAAUGAAUGCUGACGAUAAAUCUCCAACAACCACAUCAAACAAAUCUUUUGACUACAGUACUGAAUUUAUAAUAUCUGAAAAGGAAAAAGAAGUUUUAGAUAGGGUACAAAAAUCUUUGAGAAAACUCUCACCAGAUCGUAUCGCAAAAUCUCCUGAUCGAGAAAAGAGCACUCCUAAAUCAACGACUUUACGUGAUUUGGAAAUUAUUACUAAAACCGAAAAUAUUGAAGAUGUUUCAAUUAAAAAUAUUACACAAAUAAAUAAAUCCCUUAAUGAAGAAGUAUUUGUAUCGGACAAACAAAAAACUGAAAAACCCAAAGAUCAAAAAGUAUCAAGCAAACCACCAUCAAGAAACGUCUCGCCGACGAAAAAGGUUUCGAAUAUAUCUCCUGUACCAGCUAGAAGUAUAUCACCUAAGAAACCAAUAUCACCGACUGAAAGACCACAAUCACCUCUAGUACCCAGAGUAAGUGGCAUAAAACCGAGAGAGCCAGUUUCUUCUCACCUCAGAAAAUCUUCACCUUCUGCAUCAUCACCAACAAAAUCAGAUAAACCUUUUGUAUCAGAUGUUAAAAAAGUUGCAGCUAUUACCAAACAAUUUAAUCAUACAAAAGGAACUGUUAAUAGUAAAAUAUCAAGUAAUAAGAUAUCUCCGGGAAAUGUCCAGAAAGUAGAACAAGAACCUAAGAAGACUUUCAUAAGCAAAGGUACUAAGGACAAUGUAAAGAAAGAUACAGACUCAAAAAUAGCACGAACCUCUAGUGACAUAGCAUUAAAGUCGAAAAAAAGUUUGCCUCAGAAAAUUAGAUCGAAACCUGAAAUCCAAGUUAACGAUGUUACUACGGGCAAAAACUAUAAACAUACAAUUACUACAACAAAAUCACAAAAACCAAAUUCAAAAGAACACCAAACAAAACUUCCUACAAGUAAACCAAAAUCUGCUACAGCAUUAAAUACCUCGACAGAUGAUGAUGAUGAUGUAAUUAUAGAUGUUCAGCACGCUAAAUCAUCUCGUGAAAAUUCUCCAGAUCGUAUUUGCCCGACACCGUUAGGGUAUUCAGAGGACGUUGGUUCUUCUAGAUUUCCUGAUGAAGUAAAAGAACCAGAUGACGAAUAUCAAAAACGUGGAUAUCAUACUAUACAUGAAACUGAAUCUAUAGUAGAUGAAAUUGUGGAAAUAAGUGAAGACGAUGAACUGUUUGUUAAAAGAACAGAUGUAGAUGAUUCCAAAAAGGAUGAGGAUCAUCUUUUGAGUGUCAACAGUAAAGUAUCAAAAUUUUUGACGAAAAUAGAAGACGUCGCUAAAACCAAAGAUACGACAGCGAGAUUUAAAGAAACAGAAAGAAAAGUACACUCUGACUUUGAUGAAAAUUUGAAAUCAGAUGACUGCCUAUUAUCUGUAUCAGAAAAGGUUAAUAAGUUUGCUAAGGGGCCUAUUGAUAGAAAAGAGAAGAGCCCUUCGCGUAAUAUCGUAGAAGAAUUUGACAAACAUACGACAUAUCAGGACGACUACACUAAAUUAAGCGUAAAUGAUAAAGCUCAUUUAUUCAUUGAAACAGCUGAAAACACUAAAUCUACGAGAACCAAACCAGUACAAAAAAUUGAGCGACCUGAUCUUCAUGACGUUGAUGAUUCAUUAAAAACCGACGAUUGCUUACUCAGUGUAUCAGAUAAAGUAAAUAAGUUUGUAAAGACUGCUGAACAAUUUUUGAACGAAACAUUAGAAGUUGAAGAAAAAGAGAAAAAAAUUAAAGAACAGCAUGACAAAAUUAUGAGGAAAAUAGUGGAAAAUGUCGACGAUAGUGUUUCUAAUUUAAAAAAUAACAAUGAAAAUGAGAAUAUCGAAGCCGCAUCAAAAACAAAAUCAAAUGUAGGUGAAAGCGUGAGACGAAGUUCUUUUGCCAAAGAAACCGCAUCAUCGCAUGCAAAAGUGAAGGAAGUUAUAAGCCCUAAUCACAAAACAUACGAAAAACCUUCAAACGUAAAAGUAACAACCCUUCGUAGCAAUGAAGCCGUGAAGAAGGCUAAAGCUUUGUUUGAAAACAUUGCCACUACUACGACUAACACGAAUCGAAAGACUAAUGACAUUUCUCAAACGAAGUCUACAAAAUUAAUAGAGAAAAUUGCAACAAAGAAGUCCCCGAAAGUGGAUUCGAUAAAAACUCAACAUUCUUCUAUUAAUGAAAAUAAAAAUACCAAUGAUAACGAAAAGAAACUUAACUAUUUCCCAACUGACACAACUCAAGAGCCUUCGGAUGAAACCAUAAUAGAAUAUCGACCUCAAAAUAGUCCAACGCCAUUAAGACAACGUUCGCCUGAUAGCAACAAAGCUAGAUCUCCUUCACGUAAAACGACGGAACUCAAUGCACCUACGUCACACGUCCACUCUGUUGCUGAUAUGCCUAAGAAAGACAUCUCUGGAUUAGAAAGACCUGAAAAAUUAAAAGAAAAAGUACCCGGCUACCAACAGCCUACAAAAACCAGCCAAAUGAAAGAAGAAGUAAAAACGGUAGAUGAUAUUGACAUAAGUAGCAGACGCGGAAGUGGGAAAUUUGGAGUUGAGCUUCGGCGAACUAGUACAGAGAGAUGUACUGUCAGUACUGAACGUCGUCGCAGUAGCGUUGAACACUAUCAGCCCUGCAUAGAAGAUAUCUUUGACUUGGACCUCCUAGAACAAAUGUUGGAGAAGGUCGUCGGUUACGAGCAGAGACGUCGUAUUAGAGCUCAAAUAAGAGUAGCAAAGAAGAAAGUAGAUAAUGGGCAAGUCGAAGCAAAUAAUGUCACAAAAACGAAGCAAAGUACUAGUAAAGUGACCAAGACUCGUUCGCCUGAAUAUCAAAAUAAAUCACCAGAACGUCAAGCCAAAUCUACAAUUCAAAAAGCAGCAUCUCCUGAACGGCAACCACGAAAGUUUUCUUCUCCAGUACGUCAGCCUCAAAAUAAUUCUUCCCCUGACCGUCAGGUACAGAAAUGUUAUUCUCCUGAACGUGAUUUAAAGACAACGACGCAUGUAACUUUGUUAUCAGAACGUACGGAAUCGGAACAAGUUACAACGUCCUUGAAUGGUAAUUCAAAAGAUACUGUUAACUUAUCAGAAAAACAAAUUAGAUCACGAACUCCAGAUAAAUUACCUUCGAAAGUACCAGCCAAAUCUAAAAGCCCAAUUCGCAAACAUAGUCCGGAUAAAAAAUCAAGGCCCUUGUCACCAACCAAAACGACUUCUACGAAACCAAAAUCUAAUCGGUUUAGCGAAUAUGCUACUGCAUAUAUGAAGAAGGUCGGCUUAAAAGAUACUGAAAAAACCAUCGACGUUAAGUUAAAAAAAAUACCUAUCAAUGAGUUGAAAACAAAAACAAUAGAAACCCACCAUGCAAUUGAAUCUAAACAUUCAUCGUCUUCUAAAAAGACGUCUGAGUGCAUAUCGUCUAAAGAUACAAUAGAAGUUACUCACCUUAACGGGAAAAGGUCACCUUCACCUCAAAAGCUUGAUAACAAAAGCCGUCUUCCACAAAAAAAUCUAUCUCCCGACCGUAAAAUUCAAAGUACUGAACGCUCUCAUAUCAGUCCAGAACGAAAACAUCGAAAUGCUGAAAAUCUCCGGCAUAGUCCUGAACGCGUUAAGCAUAGUCCAGAACGUGCUAAGCAUAGCCCAGAACGUAAUGAGCACAUCUUUGAACAUACUCAACAAACCCCUGGACGCAGAUAUGAUAGUCCGGAAAGAUUACCUAGCCCAGAGCCGACUCGUCAAAAAUCCGACGUCAAUAAAACCGUAAUUAAAAAGGAAACUAUUAUAAAAACAGUAUUUGAUAUUGAAAAGAAAAUUCCACAAAAACCGAAGCAAGAAGAAAAACCAUCGUGGGUAACUAACAGAAAUUUGAAGAAAAUAACAUCGGAAAAUCGCACGUUUAGUUCUAAAAAAAUAGAACCCGAGAAACCAAAAUACCGACAGUUGAGUCCAUCUAAGGUUAUCACAAAACCCAUUGAUGUUAUAACUUCUAGCUAUGGUCCAGGGCCUUUAGAUACAGACGGAAAACCUCUGUUUGGUAUAAGAGCCUUGAGAAAGGGGUCUUCUAACUACCAAGUGAAAGGUACUGUGAUUCGUCAAGAGUUCCACUCGCGGAACGGAGGCGAACCUGAGGGCACGGUCUCCGUCACAGCGUACUCGACGGAACCGAAGGAUUUGGAAAAAUUGCUUGAGGUUCAAGGAGAUAGGCCUUCAAGACUCCAUGGCUUGGCCGCUAUCACUACAACGAAGAAGUUCGGCGGAGAUACCGGCACAACUUUUAGCGAGGUUCAUAACAAAGAAGAACGCGCAUCACUAGAUCAGUUCACACACAGCGAUCGCCGAGUCACUGAGAGCAGUAUAACCAGCGGAAUUAGCAGCUUGGACAGAAAAGACCAGACAUAUGCACAGAAGGAUAAAAUCGUAGAGAUCGAUAACGAAGAAAGAUUCGGACACAAGGAGAGAUCGGAGCGAAUCAUAGACACGCAUGAAAAACGUGGUACAAGUGACGUUAAAUUAGAAACAAUAGCAAGUGUAAAUAAACAACAUAACACUAGAAUGCAGAAAGAGAAAAUCGAGAGGAGUGUAGAUACGGAAAGAAGAAGCAAAGAGAUGUCGGAGAGACAGACAGAGACAGAGAAGCGAAUGGAAGAACGAAAGACAGUUAGACAAAAUUCCGUUAAAUCACUUACGGAGAAAUAUAUUAAAAGUGCAAGCGAGUCUUCAAAAUCUGAGCGUCACAUGUACCCGAAAGCGGGGCUCAUCUUACGCACCGCCACUAUGAAGGACAGUGUCUCCAGCGAUUCGUCAGCUCACGCUGGUCUCACACGUACGGAUAGCGAGCAGAGUCUGGGUUCAGACGACGAGACAGUAACUACGACCACAACCGAGCAAGUUGGGGACGGCGUUCGUACAACCACUACCACCACCAUGCGCUCGGGGCACACUCGGGGUCAAGAACGAUCUUUCCUCGACAGCACCACUAAGGUCACCGGGGUACAGGAUAUACUGACUAGGAUGAAGAAUGCUGACAUUGUGAUCGAGGAGGGUGACAGCAGUGCGGACACAGAAGCGCGUGCUCUGCUGAAUAAGUUUCUAGGCGCCACCGUGCUCAUGGCUGGUAUGCAGAGUUACGUCACAGAGAAGCCUUCUGGAAAAGUUUUGAUCAAACAAGAGACAGUAAAAAGCAGUGGUGGGAAGGUGAACAGCAGCCGACAAGUGGAGGAGAUCGACAUCGAACAGUGCUGGGACGAGCGCGUGUUGCGCAAGCUCUUGGACGAGUGCACUGACUACGAGCAACGUCGCCGCCUUCGCGCGCGCAUCCGCACACUCAUGGCUGAACAAGAAGCAUGUGCGAGCGCUGUAACCGAGGCGUUAGCAGCUGCUGGAGAGACAGUAGAAACAGAGGAGCAGUCCGGAGAACGCGACGAAGAGGAAGUAACGACUGUAACAUCGAGCGUGAGGAGGAACUCGUCCGAAAAAACAGUUAGCAGCACCACCACCACUAAAACAUCGAAAGUGAUUGAGAGUAUGACUCGACCGGCGCCAAAACCCGUGUCGCCGUUCGCCAAGUUCCGUCAACUCGAAAAGCAAAACUCUACUAACAGUCCCAACUCGCCCAAGAGCCCGCAGAGCCCGGGCUCUCCGUCGCAGCCUUACUUCAAGUUCACGGACCCAGCGCUGCAAGCCAGCGCCGUCACUAUUAAAGAGCGUUUGCUGCAUUGGUGUCGCGACAAGACCCGGGAAUACGAGAAUGUGAAACUGGAGAACUUCUCGACGAGCUGGGCGGACGGGCUCGCUUUCUGCGCGCUGGUACACCACUUCCUGCCUGACGCGUUCGACUACUACGCACUCACGCCCGACAAGCGCCGACACAACUUUACGCUCGCCUUCAAAGUUGCUGAUGAGAAGGCGGGCAUCUACCCCCUCCUGGACGUGGACGACAUGGUGGCGAUGCGCAAGCCCGACUGGAAGUGCGUGUUCACCUACGUGCAGUCCAUCUACCGCCGGUUCAAGGACGAGCAGUGACGUCACGGUCGCGCGUCCGUCGGUCCGAGCGACGCAGUAGUUGAACGUUUAAGUCACAAAUAUAUUAUCGUGGAAGAUUAGUGAGUCCAAAGAGCGUAUGUUGUUGAUAUUGUUUGUUCGUGUGUUACGUUUGUCAGAGGUUUAUUCGCCAGUGUCCGCCCAACUCGCCGUUUCUCCGAGCGCCGUCUCGUAUAGAGUCCUCCUAUUUAUUGUAAUCUCAAGAUGUAUGUGAUUUUUUUAUAUUAGCUUUUAAGUUUGACUAACAGUUAUAUUUCGAGCGUUUAUUUAGGUCAUAGUCUCUCUGGUAUCGUUUCUAGCUCUUACUAUGAUACGACGCGCUGCCGGCGAGGAUCCCCUUCACUUAUUUACCUACAUAAGCAAGCUGCAUCCUCGCGGCAAGCUCCUUACGAAACAUUUAUUCUAACAAUAUUUACUUUUUAUAAUUUGAUAUAUUAAUUUUAUAACCACUUGAAAAUAAUCGUCUAAUGAUUCUUUGACUAUUAUUAUUUAUAAUAUUAAUUUAUAUGGAUACAAUUAAAUAAAUAUGAUUAACAAUUUUUAA